AGUGGGGGAGAGGGCAGCGGCAGCAGCGCAAGGAAGAAGUUUAGCUCGAACCGAACGCAUCAAACAACAGCUUAUUUCAUCUCAACAAUCCCUGGAAUCACCAUGGCGGCCGCGGACGUUGCAGUGAUGAAGAACGAUCUUACUCGUACGCUGAAGCAAUCGGGACACGUCGGAUUCGACAGCCUGCCCGACCAGCUGGUCAGCAAGAGCGUCCAGAAUGGGUUCGUGUUUAACAUUAUGUGCAUCGGUGAGACGGGCCUGGGCAAAUCGACGCUGAUGGACUCGCUGUUCAACACGAAUUUCGAAUCGCAACCCAGUCCUCACACGCUCCCCUGCGUAAAGCUGAAGGCCCACACGUACGAGCUGCAGGAGAGCAUGGUUCGGCUGAAGCUGACGAUCUGCGACACGGUUGGUUACGGCGACCAGAUCAAUAAGGACGAUUCCUUCAAGUCGGUAGUCGACUAUAUUGAUCAGCAGUUCGAGGCGUACCUGCAGGAGGAGCUCAAGAUCAAGCGCUCCUUGUCGACGUACCACGACAGCCGCACGCACAUCUGUCUGUACUUCAUCUGCCCGACCGGCCAUGGGCUGAAGUCGCUCGAUCUGGUCUGCAUGAAGAUGCUCGACUCGAAGGUGAACAUAAUUCCGAUAAUCGCCAAGGCGGACACGAUCUCGAAGACGGAGCUGGCCAAGUUUAAGGCGAAGAUUAACGAGGAGUUGCGCGCGAACGGCGUCCAGAUCUACCAGUUCCCGACCGACGACGAAUCGGUGGCGGAGGUAAACACCACCAUGAACUCGCACAUCCCGUUUGCUGUCGUGGGCAGUACGGACUUUGUGCGCGUCGGCAACAAGACGGUGCGGGCCCGCCAGUACCCGUGGGGUACGGUGCAGGUGGAGAACGAAGCGCACUGCGACUUUGUAAAGCUGCGCGAAAUGCUUAUCCGCACCAACAUGGAGGAUAUGCGCGAGAAGACGCACACGCGCCACUACGAGCUGUACCGGCAGAAGCGGCUGGAGGAGAUGGGCUUCACCGAUGUGGACAGCGAUAACAAGCCGGUCUCGUUCCAGCAAACGUUCGAGGCGAAGCGUAGCAACCAUUUGGCCGAGCUGCAGGCGAAGGAGGACGAGGUGCGUCAGAUGUUUGUGGUGCGCGUCAAGGAGAAGGAGGCGGAGUUGAAGGAGAGCGAAAAGGAGCUCCAUGCCAAAUUCGACAAGCUGAAGAAGGACCAUGCCGAGGAGAAGCGCAAGCUGGAGGAGUCGCGCAAAAAGCUGGAGGAAGAGUUCGUCGAGUUUAACCGGCGCAAGUCGCAGAUGACGGCACACCACACGCUGACGCUGGGCAAGAGCAAAAAGAAAUGAACGAGCUAAAGAGGGGCGCUUCUGGUGGUGGUUGUGGGGAGAGCGCCUUCCAGUGAAUUUCCCUUUUUUGCCGUUGAUUCUCAUUGCGUGUGCUUUUGCUCUAUUAUCUCUCUAUGGUUGCAGGACUGAAAAGGCUUGCUUUCAACAAUCCCGAGGAAGAGGUUUUUUUUGUUUCUAUAAUGCAAAAAGCGCAAUUUUGAUUCACUUUUUCCACCAUCUUUCUCAUGUGUAUUAACUUCAAACAAUAUUUUUUAGGCUUGAAAGUAUUUCGUAAAGUUAACUGAUUUCAUUAAACCCGUUUUCGUUACAACCGAAGCAGAGUAGACAAGCUUUUGCGUAGGAAAGUAAGGAAAACUAUCAAACCAAAACAAAGAAGAAACCGAAACAAACGUGCAAAGUUUUUACUAGCAACAAUACAACAAAACGAAGCAAAACAAAAGUGUAAUGUUAAGAACAUUGAACAUGUAAAAUCUUCAGAAAGGAAAUCGUUUUAAACUGAACAAGGAGUAGAGAACGCAUAGCCAAAACUAGUAUUGCAGUAGGACAAGCGAAACGGAGGAUAACAAAGGGUUAGAAGAUUUUCUUUUAGCAAAAAGGAUUUAGGAAAACGAUUUAUUCUUGGCAAAGAUGCUUCACGUACAAACUAUGGCUUUCUCGUAGUAGCUGCACUGGUUAAUAGAUAGAGUUUUACCUGCUCAACCAAAAAAAGAAGCAAAAAAGAGAUUAACGAAGGAAGAACAAAAUUCACCUAACAUAAAAAAGUAGCGCGAUAUCAAUUUUAGUUGAAGCAAAAGGUUCCGACCGACGAAACCAGCCACAAGCCAGUCUCACGUUGAAAAUGAACGGUUACAGCACGGAAAAUCCGAUAUAAACAGGGUGAGGAUUAGGCAAUCGACAAUCAUGUUUGUCCCCGCUUUUAACGUGUCUGCCGUUCGGUGAAACUGUGUCCAUUUGUGCGUUCGUAAUUAUAAAAAUGCUUGAAACAAAAGCCAAACCCGUUCCACAUUCUUUAUCGGUUCGAUCAAAUGCAACCGUUAUAAAUUGGUCUACUCAUCGCUUUAUUUUAAAAUCAAAAGCACACGAAAAGCAAGCAAGAAUUACAGAAAAAGUUAAGAGUAAAACAUAUAAGUGGAGCAAACGAGAAAGAAGCGACCAAAUUUUAUUUACUUAUGUUUCGGUUUUGAUUGACAAUGCUUAACCGCAAAAUUGCCGACAGCGUUUUUAUCCGGAGGCUACGUGUCACAACCACGUCUGUCUAUGUGUGCCGCGUUUGCGUUGUGCAAAGCUCAUCUUGAUUAAAUGUAAUACUAUACCGCCUAAAAUACACACAGAGUCUGUAUGACGUUAGAAAUAAGGAAA